AAGACACUCUACAUAUAGCUGUGUCGCGUGCUCGUUGAUUCCUUGUCCUGGUCAGCCUAUUCCAACGCAACCUAGCUAAAACGUAGAUGGCGUGAAAGAGUUAUGUGUCCUAAUUAGUGUUUUUCAUAGUAAAGUUCAAUACCAAGGAAUAACACACGCAAGAAUACGCCAUGUUACCAAUUCAAUACGAUUUAGUCCAAUUGCGAGACCACUACUCGGACAAGUUGCUGCACCGAUUCUACGAUGAGUUGAUGAUCAAGAACUUCCCCGUACCCGAAGAGCUGGAUGAUGUAGAGGUAUGGGAAUAUGCGCUGUCGCCUCAGCGAGAGGCCGUUCGCGAUGAAAAGGAUCCGUUGAUGCAAAUAGUCUUGGCACUAGAGACACCGUUACACAGCACACCAGCAGACAUACCAUACUGCGAUCGGCGUAUCCUGGGUGGUGUGGUGUAUGAGUAUUACCACCAGAGUGCGUGUGCGCUGAUAUCGUACAUAGUCACAGACACGUCUGUGCGGAGGGCUGGUGUCUUGCGCCGGGCACACACGGCGUGCAUUGAGGAUUUGCAACGUAUUGCUUCUGCGGGGCGUGGGUUGCGAGCCGUGCUGAUGGAAACCAACGCACCUGGAUUUGAUGAUGGGGUCAUGGACAACAACCAUCGCCACGAAGUGCUCUACAGACUAGGCUAUCGCCAAGUGGUAUGCCUGUACAACCAGCCGCCCUUGGGGACGGGAGAGAGUCCGUGUGAAGACCUCUGUCUUUUAGUGUAUUUGCCAGAUAUGCCAAUUGUGCGACUAACCGAACACGAUCCAGUGUCUUCUCCAACGCCCGUGGAAGCGAUUGUGAGGUGCAACUCGACGACUCAGAUGCAGCAGCACUCGUGCGAAACCGUACUUACCUCAGAAACCACAGCACAACCGUCACAAAGCACCGGACAGUCCACAGAACACAUUCAUCACAUCCCGGCCAGGUGGCUGUAUAAGUUUGUGGUCGAGUUCGCACGGUCCACGUUGGGCCAUGAGAACGACCAUCUAUGGCUACACGAGCGCUACUUCCGCGACUUUGUGCAGUCGCUACGCAUGACAAGUGCAGAUGACUCGGAUAAUCUGCGUAUCCAGUCCACACUGCCCCUGCAAACACGCCUGGGAUGCGCUAAGUAUCACAUCGCCAUAGUGUGCGACGGUUCAUUGGAGAUGUUCGUGGCCGAGCGCACGGCUUUGCGACUGCAUCACAACGUGGGGUGUGUGGUGACUGUUGUUGGACCGCAGACACUCGACACUCCGCCGAGGGAUGUCGUACGGGAAGGUGACAGUGGCUGUGUGGGUACGCAUAGGCCGUCGGAGGUGCAGUCUAACGCCCACGUGACCACCCACACACCAACAACCCUUCCGAAUACUACAGGGGCACCAGCAGGGGACUGUGUAGAGAGUAGGAGUAUGAGUUACUUUGGAGAUGAUGUAUCUCGGCUGCAGGGUGCGUAUCAGACACCCGUCACAGGCGAUACCACAGUAAGCGCCGACUGCUUUGUGCUGCUGCAACAGUCAUUGGCACAGAACGGGUGCAACGCCCAGGGUAAUACACGUGCACCUGGUAACCAUGGCGACAGAUUCGGAAGAAUCAUCUUAAAUAGCGGACUAGUGCAGGAUGUGCACAGGACAGAAGUGGCCCUACCACUAGGUCUUAGGGCAACCGACGAGGACUUGGAACGGGCCAGUGAUGAGUUGUUUAGGUCGGUCGUGGAUUUCUUGCUGCACGUGUCGAGCCUUCCGACUACUAUAGAAUGAACAAUAUACACCAAUAGUGUGUGACCUGUGCGAGUAGUGGCUGUGACUCC